UAACGCGUAGCUUUUCAACCCAUCAGUUGCUCUGGUCCUGAAUGUACUUAUACCGGACCAGAUUCUGGUGCUACUCACGGGGAGUGCACGGAAACUGGAGGCUAUAUCAGUGAUGGAGAGAUCAAUCAGAUCAUCGACGAUGGUGGUGCUAAGAGGCAGUGGACAGAUGACACUCAAUCAAAUUACAUCAUCUACGGCGAUGACACUUGGGUCGCGUACAUGGACGCGGCAAAUAAGCAGUCAAGAAUUGCCAAGUGGAAGUCACUAAACUUCAGGGGGUCAAGCGACUGGGCUAUUGACCUUCAAGGUGAUCCUGGUGCUCUUGGUGAUAGAGAAGUCGUCUUCCUAGACCCUGCUGUGUACACCGGAACUCCGGCGCAAUGCUCGCCACCCUGUCUGUUCGUCUUCCCACCCAGCUCCUUAUCGCAGCCGACCACCAUCUCGAUCCCGCCUUAUACGACAUCCAUUCAACUUAGCAAAGGCUCAACAACUACUAUAACCGUCACUGUGACGCAACUGACAAUCACCUCACUGUAUUACUCGAACUUGAAUGUGUCCACCGGCCAAAAUACCGGAACUCUCCAUCCAUACGUGUCUCUCGACGUACCCCCAGUUACGACCGUGAUCGAUGGGGAAACAAGAACACUUAGGUUGCCACCGUGGCCAGCCAUCACACGUGGUCCGCCUGCAAGCUGGGGCUCUGAAAAUCCUGGCUCGGGAAACCCUACCUCUGGAAGCCCUGGGCCCGGGGGGUCUGGAUCGGAGACUUAUGGAAAUGGAACUUACUUCCCAGGGUUUCCACUCCCAACCGCACCCGACAACCCCCCAUCGGAGACGAUCCCAACGACUACCAAGCCUCCCUUCUCCAUACCGACAACCAGAGACCCCACGAUACCUGUGUGGCCUUACUUUGACCUCAAACCUGUUCCAACACCUGUCCCCGAUGAGGGCGAAGAUGACGAUGACGAAGAUGGGAAGUCCAAGAGUACUUGCAAACUUUGGUUCUUUUUUGUCUGCAUCAGCUGGGGCGACGAUUGGAAUAUUAACAUUCAAGGUUGGGAGUGGGAUUUCCCUGUUGGAAUCUGGGGACCUGGUCCACCACCGAUCGAUCGCAUAAGACUCCCCCGGGAUUCACCAUCAAAGGCUCGCUGCCUCCAUGGCCUCGGAUCACGAUUCCAGCUAAAGGUCCAAUUGAGGCGCCGCCUAAACCAACCGACUGCACUCCGGCUGAAGCUUCGCUCUGCCUGACCACAACAUCGUUUGCGACAACGGUAACUAGUGGGGAGACCCGUACAACUUCAAGUCAAGUCAAGUCAAGAUGUGAAAC